AUGGACGACAAGGAGAACGCGGCGCGCGCGGGCGUCUACCGCCCGCCGUCGAAGGCGUCGUCCGCGUCGUCGUCGUCGUCGUCGUCGUCCGCGUUCGUCUCGACGUCGCGCGCGACGCGACCGGCGCUCGGACGCGACGUCGCGCCAACGCUUCUGCGCCUGGGACGCCCGGACGACGUCCCGUUGCUGCGGUUCGACGACGCCGCGGUCGGCAGGGUCAAGACGCUGCCGCUGAGGAUAUCGAACGACACGCCGUCGCGCGCGGACGCGUCGUUCGUCGGGAUCCCGCGAGACGAAGGAUUCUUGAUCGACCCCGACCGCGUCUCCGUGCCCGCCGGCGGGAGCGAGCUCGUGCGCGUGUCGUGGUGCCCGCCGAGGGCGACCGCCAGCGCGUACUGCGGCAUCGUGAAGGUCGUCUUCGACGGCGGCGCGGGAGGGACCGCGGCGGCGGCGAAGAUUCGACUGCGCGGCGGCGCCGUCGCGAGAGGAGGAGGAGGAGGAGGAGAGCGCGAGACGACGACGACGGCCGGGAAGUACUCGUAUACGUACAACCCGCGGCGGUCGAGCGCGAGCGGCGGCGGCGGCGGCGUCCUAGGGACGCUGAAUGGGAACAGCGCCAGCCUCGUUCGGGUCGGGGGAAGAGCGCGGUCGCGGCGCGGAAGCGACGUCUCGACGUCGUCCGCGGGGAAACGCGCGUCUGGGGGGAAACGCGCGCGGGCCGAGCGCGACAGCGUCGGCGACGCGUCGUGCACUUGGAUCGGGAACGUCGCGUUCGCUUCGGCGUGGGACGGCGACGGCGACGGCGACGGCGACGGCGACGACGCGGGUGGCGUGAACGCUACCGCGAGGAAGAGAGUGAAGCCGUUCGGCGUCCCCGCGGUGAGCAAGGCGCUGUCGCUGAGGAAACCGCCGCGGCACCGCGCGGGGAAAUCUCCGAAACCGUCGUCGUCGUCGCGCGCGCGGAGGCUGAAAACCGACGCCGCCGCCGACGCGGCCGCCGACGCGCGCGUUCCGCGGCCAAACUUCGAGGCGUUUCACAGCCAGUUCUGGGUGCGACAGCAAGAGCGCGCGUUCACGGACUGGCUCAACCGCGCCAUCGCGCCCGCCGCGGGGGACGACGACGACGACGAGGCGGCUCGGGAGGAAGGGGGCUCCUCGCGCGCGGCCAAGGCGCGAAGACUCGACGCCGCCGCGCGCGCGCGGCUGUGGCGGCUCUACUCCGAAGACGCGGAAGUCCAGGACGUGAUCCUCCGCGCGGAAGCGCACGUGGACGACGGAAAGCUCCGUUUGCGCGGGACGGUCGGGAGCGCGCGAGAGGAAGCCGUCGCGCUCGCCAACGGCGCGGGGAAGGAUGGCGGGUCGUUCAUGGAGGACGUCCGACUGAGGCGCGAGUUUAAAGACGCGCUCGGGUGUUACUCGCUGUUUUGGCUGCGCGCGGUCGUGGACACGAUCCUGGGCAACCCCGGAGAUCUCGAUCUCGGGCACGGCGAGCGCGAGGACGAGCGCGUCGACGCGUUCGGGCGGCGGAGAACGGAGCGCGCCGCGCUCGUCGACGCGUUGCUUCGAGACCGCGAGCUCGAGAUGGAGUUCGGCGUCGGCGGCGUCGGCGCGCCGCCGUUCGCGGAGGGCUACCACGAGAUCCUCGCGUCCACGGUGUUGAAGCGGACGCUCCUUUUGACGUUCCUGCUCGACCGCGCGCAGGCGGGUCUCGACCCGAGCACGCCUCUGUUGUUCCGAUCGCGCGCGCCGAUAAAGUCGUCCGCCGCAGUCGCGCGCGCGGCGCUGCAGGCGAGCUGCCACGGCGAAGGCGACGUGCUGCGGCACUUGAAACACCUCGGGUACGUCUUACACCACGCCCAGGAGCCGAUACGCGAGUACGACUUCAAGACCACGCGCCUCGCGGUGGAUUUGCGCGACGGCGUUCGGUUGUGCCGGCUCGUGGAGAAUAUGAGCGAGCGACGCGGGGACGACGGCGUGAUGCGACGGGUGAAAUUUCCCGCGGAGUCGCGCGCGGCGAAGGCGCACAACGUCCGCGCCGCGCUGGACACCGCGGCGUCGUGCGGGGUCGCGCUCGACACGAAUCCGGAGGAUAUCGUCGACGGGCACCUCGCGAACACGCUCGGGUUGCUGUACGGGCUAAUGAUGCAUUUCCAAGCCCCGGGGAUGCUUCCGGGGAGCGUCCUCGAGAAUGAAAUCGCAGAGUGGAAAGAGAGACGCCGCGCGCAGAUCAUGGCGGGGAAAGAACACCGCGGGUUCCACAGAGACACCCUCGCGCCCGCGGCGUCGUCCCGCUACGAUGACGCCGCGAACGAAGAAGACGUCUCCCCGGAGGAGGAAGAACGGCGAACGCGGGCGGUGUUUGAAGAGGAACUCGCAGACGCGCGCGUCGGCGUCGAGACCGCGUCGCUCUCCGCCGGGCACGAGACGAUGCUCCUUCGCUGGGCGAGGGCGGUGUGCGCCAACUACGGCGUCGCGAUAACGGACGCGACGACGUCGUUCGCGGACGGCCGCGCGCUGUGCGCGCUCGUGCACGCGUACGCCCCGGAGCUUUUGCCGCUGGGUCUGGUCAAGAACCCGCCGGCGGGAUUCGACCCGAGCGCCGCGCCGACGGCGUGGGCGAGCGCGCGCCCCGAUAACCCCGCGCGAGGGGUGACCCGAGACGCGAUCGUCGCGACCGCGGCGUGCGAGCAUAACUUCGACAUCGUCAGGGGGCUGUGCGCCGCGCUCGGGGACGUCCCGGAGCCGACGUUCGGCCCCGCGGAUGUCGCGCGCGGCGGCGGCGGCGGCCCCGACGGCAAAGUCGUCGCCGGCUACCUCCUCUUCCUCUGCGCGCGUUUGCUCGGGCACAGGACCGAGGGCGCGGCCGCGAGGAAGGUGCAGCGCGCGUGGCGGUGGACGCACUGGGCGCCGGGGACGUUGCACCGCUGGGUCGCCGCGCAGAUGGUCGUCGCGAAGCGGUGGCGCGGGUUCGCCGGGAGGAAGGAAGCGAAGGCGCGGUCGCGAGCCGUCGUCGCGACGCAAGCGGCGUGGCGCGGGCGAGACGCGCGGCUGUGGAAACGGCAUAAGAUUCAAGCCGCGGUGAUGAUUCAGAAGAUCGCGCGGGGGUGGCUGCUUCGGUUGCGGAACGACGACGUCCUGUGGGCGACGAUCGCGGCGCAGACGGCGCGCAGGGGCGCGGUGGCGCGGCGGCGAUUCGCCGCGGUGAAGCGCGCGACGGUGACGAUUCAAGCGCACUGGAAACGUUCGCAGCGGAGGUCGUUUUUCCUCGAGUGGAAGUGGGAGUCCGCGGCGGCGACGGUCAUUCAGGCGAACGUGCGGGCGUGGAGCGGUCGUCGGGCGUUUAUUAACGCACGCAGAGCGGCGGUUACGAUCCAGGCGUGGACGCGAGGGACGUUUUGGCGCCGCGUCUGGGGCAAGUACAAGUCGCGACUCGCGGCGACGAUUUCGCUUCAGAAGAACGCGCGGAUGUUCCUCGCGAAGUGCGAGGCGAACCGACGCAGGAAGGCGAUUCAAGACGCGGAGGACCUGAAACGUCAUGACGCGGCGAUUCGCAUCCAAAAACAUUUCCGCGGGUACUGGGCGUUCGAGAACUGGCUCGACGUGAAGUGCGUGACGAUCAUGUGCCAAGCGUACUGCCGCGGCGGGCGCCAGCGCCGCGCGUACCUCGCUCUGAAACGCGCGGCGAUCACGACGCAGCGCUUCCGCCGCGGCAAGAUCGCUCGAGACGCGCGAACGCGCGCGGUAGACGCCGCAACGACGAUCCAAGCGCACUUCCGCGGGUGGCAAGCGCGCGCGGAUUACGCCGACGCGUGGUACGCCGCCGCUACGAUUCAAGCGUCGUGGCGCGGUUGCCGCGACCGCGUCGCGUACGCGUCGCUCCUCGACGCGAUGCGCCGGCGGGAGCAUCACGCCGCGGUGGUGAUACAGAAGCACGUCCGAAGGCUCAUCGCGCGGUUGGACUACGCGGAGGCGGUGUACAGCGCGACGGUGAUUCAGUCUUGGACGCGAACGUUUCUCGCGAGGAGAGCGUUCAAAGCGUCGGCGGCGGCGAACAAAGCCGAGGACGCCGCGCGGUGUAUUCAGAGGCACGUCCGCGGGUGGAUCGCCAGGGAGGACUACCUCGACGUGUUAUGCGCCGUGGUGACGUUCCAGGCUUACCGGCGCGGCGUCAUCGCGCGUCAUCUCGCGCGAAAACUGCGACACGAGCGCGCGGCGACGGCGGCGGCGACGGCGGUGCAAGCCGCGUGGCGGGGGAAACGCGCGCGCGACGCGAUCGCCUUCCUUCGCGCCGCGGAGGAGGCGGAACACCGCGCGGCCGCGAUCACGAUCCAGACGAAGUUCCGCGCGUGGAUGCACUACAUGGACUACGCGUUUCUGCGGUAUUACGCCGCGGUGUGCCAGCGCCGGGCGCGGGCGGCGGCGGAGCGAAGACGGUUUCUCGCGACGCGCGCCGCCGCGGUGACGUGUCAAAAGUACGCGCGCGGCGCCGCGGCUCGACGCGCGUACCACGCCGCGCAGCUCGCCGAGCUCGAAGAUCUCGCCGCGGUGAUCGUUCAGGCCGCGACGAGGGGGUGGCUCGUGCGACGGUUCGUGAAGCGAAACGUCGCCGCGGAAGUGAUCACUCGCCGCGCGCGCGGGUUCCUGACGAGAAUCGCGCGGGACGCCGCGCAGCCGGCGAUGGCCGAGCUGCGGUCGCGCGUGAUCGCCUCGCGCGCGCGCGCGAAGAUACAUCCGCACCUGCGCAUCGGCUUGAAGACAGUCGCCGCGGUCGCGACGCUGCACGCCCCGAAGAAGCUCAGAGAGGUCAAGGAGGCGCUGUCGGAUCUCGCGCGCGCGACGCGGUGGUCGUCCGUGUGCCGCGACGUCGCGUCGUCGCCGAGAGCGCUUCAGGCGUUGUUCCGCACGAUUCGACAGUGCGAUCGCGGCGCGAACCACGAGUCCGUGCUCUCGAGCGCGUACGAUCUCCUCGAGAACCUCAGCGCGGAUGAAAACGGCCCAGCGCGGGCGGUUUUCGAGGCUCGAGAUUCGAUCACGGUCAUCACGGAACACAUGCAGAUGUGCCGCGACCGGCCUUCGCUCGUCGCGGCGGCGACGCGAACGGUGUGCAACCUCACGCGCGACUCCUCGAGGGCUCUCGUCGUCGCGUGCGCGGGGAAGACGCUGUGCCGCAUCCGCAGCAUCUCGGAGAUCAUGAGUAACACCUUGGGAACGCACCGGCACCGACGGUUAACGUACAUCGAGCAGCAGCGGCCGGACAAGGCAAGGGAGGAGGCGAACGCCAUGAACGCGCUCGAGCUCUCGAUUCGAUCGGUCGGGGCUUUGAUCGCGCACUUGGAGCCGUUCGCGAUGAAAGUGGCGGGGCGACCGCCGGCGACGCGGUCGAAGAGCCGGCUCAGCGAGCGCAUGUCCACGGGGGGGAGGAGCGCGAGGAGCGCGCGCUGAAGGAGGGAGGAGAAAUAGAAGAAAGCGACGGCGACGACUCCAGUCGCGGGCACACUAAGUAAUAAUUCAAUUACGCACGCUUAGCGUC